CCGCCCAAGCCGGAGCAAUGGCAUUGUCUCUGGAACAGUUUGUCCAGUCCCUUGACCUCAGGACUCUGCCCAGGGUCCUAGAAAUCCAGUCUGGCAUCUAUUUUGAAGGCUCUAUUUAUGAAAUGUCUGGAAAUGAAUGCUGUUUUUCAACAGGAGAAGUGAUUAAAAUUACUGGUCUCAAAAUUAAGAAGAUCAUAGCUGAGAUUUGUGAAAAUAUUGAAAGUUGUGAGUCUCCACAACCAUUUGAACUGCCUAUGGAUUUUCCAGGUCUUUUUAAGAUCGUGGCCGAUAAAACUCCCUACCUUACUAUGGAGGAAAUUACAAGAACAACCCAGAUUGGACCCAGCAGACUAGGGCAUCCUUGCUUCUACCAUCAGAAGGAUGUAGAACUGGAGAACCUCACCAUAAAGCAGGGUGAGCAAAUCACGCUCAACUCAGUUGAAGAUGUCAAUGGAGAAUUAGUGGUGAACUGUGUCAUAGUAAGGAAUCAACAAAAUCACUCAUUCACUUUGCCUGUGACACAAGAAGGGGAAUUCUACGAAUGUGAAGAUGAACAUAUUUAUACAUUAAAAGAGAUUGUUGAAUGGAAGAUCCCCAAGAACAGAACCCGAACUGUGAAGCUUACAGAUUUUGUAAAUAAGUGGGAUUCAACAAAUCCAUUCCCUAAAGACUUUUAUGGUGCUUUGAUUCUCAAGCCUAUUUAUGAAAUACAAGGUGUGAUGAAAUUUCAGAAGGAUAUAGUCCGCAUUCUCCCCAGUCUAGACGUCGAAGUCAAAGACAUAACUGACUCCUGCGAUGCGAACUGGUUUCUUCAGCUGUUAUCUACAAAAGAUCUCUUUGAAAUGACUGGUACAGAGUUUCCCAUAGUGGCUGAAGUCAUAGAAGCACCUCAAGGAAACCAGGUGCCCCGAAACAUUUUACAGCCUGGGAAAAUCAUUGUGAUCCAUCAAAAGUACCAAGCAUCAAGGAUCUUAGCCUCAGAAAUCAGAAGCAGUUUUCCUAAAAGACACUUCUUGAUUCCCAGUAGCUACAAAGGCAAAUUCAAGCGGCGACCUCGGGAGUUCCCGACCGCGUACGACCUAGAGCUAGCUCGGAGUGAGAAGGAAUCCCUCCACGUAGUGGCCACCAAAGCCUUUCAUUCGCCCCACGAGGAGCUGUCCUCCGUGUCCGUUGGGGACCAGUAUCUAGUGCAUCACUCAGACACUACUGAAGUGCUCUGCGAGGGAAGAAAGACAGUGGUGAAUGUUCUGGCCUGUGAAAAAAUCCUCAAGAAGUCGUAUGAGGCUGCACGGCUCCCUCUGUACAUGGAAGGAGGUUUCGUGGAGGUGAUUCAUGACAAGAAACAGUACCAGAUUUCUGAGCUCUCUAAGCAGUUCCGCUUGCCAUUCAACGUGAAGGUGUCUGUGAGGGAUCUUUCCAUUGAAGAGGACAUUUUGGCUGCGACCCCAGCACUGCAGCUGGAGGAAGAUAUCACAGACUCUUACCUGCUUAUAAGUGAGGUUACCAACCCCGCGGAAUGUUGGGAGAUUCCCAUGGGCCGCCUGAAUAUGACUUUUCAGUUAGUUGGUAAUUUUUCCGGGGACACAGGAUCAUAUAUCGUCAGAGCUCUGAUAGAAGAGAUUACAGAAGAACAGUACUACAUGAUGCGGAGAUACGAAAGCUCUGUCUUGCACCCCCCGCCUCUGCCUCCCAAACAUCCUCCAGUGAAGGAAACCAAGUUAACCCUGCUCACCUUAGCAGAAGAAAGCACGGCAGAACCACCCACGUCCCCCAAGAAAUCUUCAAAAAUGAAAAACAUCAGACAUACCAAGAUGUGCUGGAAUCCACUUGGGCAGUGAACUUAAACGUUGAGGUCAAAGUGAGAGUCGAGUUUUCUGGGGGAAGAACUAUCCCCCAGUGGACUCCAGGAGAAGCUGGACUGACCAGUGCCAAGGAGAAAACAAUUUUAAAGGUUUUAACACAUAAAACUCAAAGAGAAACUGUGAUAUGGAACUCACAUUGUCUAUUCCUUAGUGCCAAAAUCCAUAUGUAUUUCUUACUGUUAGGAUAUAUUUAUUUAAUGUGCACAGUUUUGUGGUUCUUUUUGUCAAAACUUAAGCAGAUGAAAAUAAUUUUAUACUUUAGUUUCUAAGUAAAACCAGACUAAGAUAAGAUGAAACCUCACCAAAUAUUUUAUGUUUUUGUUUUAGGAUUCAUUUUCACAUUUACCAAGCAUUAUUGUCAUUCUGUUAAAACUAAUUUAAGGAAAAAUAAUUGUAUCUGAGAGUGACUUAAAAUACCCAGACUUCUUAUCUUCUUCCCUGAGAAAUGUAGAAAUGAAUAUGCCUUCAUAUUUUUUGUUGGCUUCAUAAAUACACGGUAAAUAAAUGUGUUCAAUUCUCAAUAGCCAAAACUUUUUGAAUCAUGGAAAUUCUCCAUAACUAUUUCUUCUACCCUCCAAAAAUGAGAUUUCGUGACUGAAAUAUUACCAAAUUUCUGAUUAUAUAUCUUAUUAUUUUAUGUAUUAAUCUUUCACAGGAAUAUUUAUUAGAAUUGUAAGAAAAACAUUUAAUCAUGAUAUUUGAUCAGAGUAAAAGGAAAUUGAAUUGUAAUAAAAUGUAGUAAAUUAGGUUGAUUAGAACCCGAAGUGAUUCUUAAUUAGUGUAUAUUAGAAUAACACUUAUAGUUGUGCAAUCUAUAAAAAUUACUUUAAGGGAAAUCAUAUUUUGAUAAUUU